AAGAAGAACGACUGUCGUUACAUCUCUCGUUCUUUUACCUCUCACUCCCCUCGACUCUCCUCAACUUCUUCCCAUUACCCCCUCUCGCCACUCUUUUCCAUCAACGUCAUAGCAAAACUGUGUGACUGAUUUGCACAAGUUUCCAUCUCCCACAUUCACCAUGGGUAUGAUGGGUACCGGUACCUCAAUAUCACCUAAUAGGUUAAUUAAUCCUCGAAGUCCUUUCACUCGAAUCGCCAUAUUCACAUCCAUUUGCCUCGCAAUCAUCUUUCUCACCGGAAGACCUACACAAGAAAGAUUUCAUCAAAUUCAAUCAAAACUUUCUCCAAGUUCACAGGAAAUCCUUACCACCCAAAAUGGCUCUCCAGAUUGUGCCGUCAAUUCAACCCAUCUACGCGAAUUAAAAGAAAAAUACGGUCUGGAUGACAAAAUUGAAUAUGCUUCCAGACAAGUUAGAUAUCAUCGACAAGAUAUUGAACGAAAAUCCAUUACUAAACUCAACGAUGACUUAUUCCCUCGAUACUUCGAUACAAUCAACAUUGAAAAAGGGUUGAAACCUACCACGAAGUGCUUGAAGCCACUCGAUGUACCCGUCACAAAAUCUGCCAUUCCUGCAGAUGUAAACGCCACUGAAUUCCUUUUCGGUAUUUCAACCACCUACAAGAGAAUCACAGAUCCAAAAAUCAAUCCCAUGCUAGACUGGUCACAUUGGUUGACGGAUGGUCAUGGAAAUUCAAAUGGAGGAGGAUUGAUCUUACGACUGGUUGAUGCUUCGGAUAAGGAAAUCAAUGAAAUUAAGAAGAUGUUGAAAGCAUAUGGAAUCGACGCGAAAGUUUACACCGCCGAUAGUAAAAUCGAAAUGGCCGAACGAUACUUUUCCCUCCUACCAGCUUUAUAUAAUGACAGCUCUAGAAAACAUCGAAAAUGGUUGGUCAUGUGCGAUGACGAUACAUUUUUUCCAAACAUGGAUGCUCUCAUCAAGAAAAUGGCAACAUAUGAUGCCAGUGAAGAUUUAUACAUUGGAAACCUUUCCGAAGAUGUCGGUAGUCUUGCACGUCAUGGAAGUCAAGCUUAUGGUGGGGCUGGAGUUUUCUUCUCUAUCCCGUUGGCCGCAACAAUCACCGAUCUUUUCCCUCAAUGCAGUACCAAACAAAAAGUCGAAGAAGCAAAUUCAGGUUGGGGUUCUCAAGGAGAUAUUCUUCUCCGAAAAUGUGUAUACGAAAACACCGAAGUCCGUCUGACUGUCCUUCAUGAUAUUUGGCAACUGGAUAUUGUUGGUGACCCAUCUGGUUUCUAUGAAUCUGGUAUCCGACCACUUUCUCUUCAUCAUUUCAAGGGAGGAAUGUGGCAUGAAGCUCAAGUUUAUGAAUCCACUAAGAUUCAACAAGUUUGUGGUGAGGAUUGCUUCCUUCAAAGAUUCCAAACUAAAGAUGAUUUCAUCUUGACGAAUGGUUGGUCAAUUGCGCAUUAUCCAAAGGGUAUUGAUUUCAAUCUGCACCAAAUGGAGAGAACAUUCAAUGCAUUAGGUGAUGAUGGUACAGGAUGGAACCUUGAUUUUAUGUUUGGACCUCAACGAAUUCCUCUUCGUGAAACCGGACGCAAAGGUUCAUGGGAUUUAGCAGAAGCGGAAUUAAAAGCCGAUGGAACGGUUAGACAAACAUAUAUUCGAAAGAAGGAUGAUUGGAGGUGGAAAGAUCGUAAGGACGGAAAGAGAAUGUAUGAUGUUGAUGGUGUGUUUGAAUUGAUAUGGACUUUGUGAGAGUGUAGCUGGAUAUAAUCAAGGAAAUAAUGUUAAUGGAUUGAGUGGAAAGAGGAAUGGAGGAACUGAUUGAUGACUUAUUUAUACAUUCUAUGCCGAAAGGGGCGUUUCUGGCUCUUUGCUCUAGGGACGGAUGAUCCAUAAUCCCUUUUUUGUACACACCUUUUGGCGAAUGGAAUGGAUGGGUAAAUUGAAAUCAGCUGGACUGGACUGAACUGACUGGACUGGAGAACAGGACCAGAAUGCAUAAAUGGUAUGGCGUUAGGUUGAUAUGAUAUAUAAAUGGAAGCAUGGGAAUAAAAGCUUGAGGGUUGAAGUUUACCUAGUACGAGUACUAGUACUUAGAUGAGAAGUAGGCAAUGAAAAGUUGGUCGUAUGUAUAUAUUAUAUUGUUCUUUCG